CGACUUCCGGUCACCAUCUUGAGUGACAGCAGAGGCGGAGCUCCGACUGGCAUGUUUAUUAAGCGCCGGGCUCCGAGGGCACCUACCCGAGAGCGACUGAACACUAGUCGCGGCGGGCGGAGGCGGGCAGUCGCAGCCACGCCCUCGGCUUUGGGCUCCUCCUCCCGGCCCCCCUUCCGCCGGGCGAGCAGCUGUAGGCGUUGCUGCCGUAAAUUGGGCCGGCGGUUUGCCGCAUCACGGAAGAUGGCGGCGGCGGCGGUGAACGGGGCGGCGGGCGCCUCGAGCUCCGGGACUGCGGCGGCCUCGGGCGCAGUCCUGCAGGCCGCGGCCGGCAUGUACGAGCAACUCAAGGGCGAGUGGAACCGUAAAAGCCCCAAUCUUAGCAAGUGCGGGGAAGAGCUGGGCCGUCUCAAGCUGGUUCUGUUGGAGCUCAAUUUCCUGCCAACCACAGGGACCAAACUGACCAAACAGCAGCUCAUUCUGGCGCGUGACAUACUGGAGAUCGGGGCCCAAUGGAGUAUCCUACGCAAGGACAUCCCCUCCUUCGAGCGGUACAUGGCCCAGCUUAAAUGCUACUACUUCGAUUACAAGGAACAGCUCCCCGAGUCGGCCUACAUGCACCAGCUCUUGGGCCUCAACCUUCUCUUCCUGCUGUCCCAGAACCGGGUGGCUGAGUUCCACACAGAGUUGGAGCGGCUACCUGCCAAGGACAUCCAGACCAAUGUAUACAUCAAGCAUCCAGUGUCCCUGGAGCAAUACCUGAUGGAGGGCAGCUACAAUAAGGUGUUCCUGGCCAAAGGCAACAUCCCUGCUGAGAGCUAUACCUUCUUCAUCGACAUCCUGCUUGACACUAUCAGGGACGAGAUCGCUGGGUGCAUCGAGAAAGCCUAUGAAAAAAUCCUCUUCACUGAGGCCACCCGGAUCCUCUUCUUCAACACACCCAAAAAGAUGACGGACUAUGCCAAGAAGCGAGGAUGGGUCCUGGGUGUCAACAACUACUACAGCUUUGCCAGCCAGCAGCAAAAGCCGGAAGAUACCACCAUCCCCUCCACGGAGCUGGCCAAACAGGUCAUCGAGUAUGCCCGGCAGCUGGAGAUGAUCGUCUGAGCCUGCCAGGCACUGGGGUGGGCAGGGUUUGCAUUAUUUAAAGCAGAUGCAGUGCAGGGUUUCCUCCAAUAAAGGUGGAUUGACAUUUUCUCUCUUA